AUGAACAGAUCAUUUCAAAAUUAUUCAUCAGAUGCAUGGAUUGAUAUUCAAUCGGAAGAAAAACAAAUCCUGUCACCAUCAACAAUGAUGAGCUCAUUUGCUGAUCGAGAUCUUUUAUCAAGUAUGUCAAUUAACGAGCAUUUGUUAUUAGAAGCACAAAAAGAAUCAUCACGUGUUAGCUCAAAAAGUUCACAUAGUGAUACUUCAUCACCAAAAAGUCCUAAAAGUCCUGUGCAAACAGAUCGCAAUAUUGCUGAUUGGAUGCUAUAUUGGUCAUCGCGCAAUGAAGUUGAUCCGCCCAAGGAAUGGAAAUUUGCUCAUCCAAUAAAUCGAAGUGUACGUGAUCAACUACUUUUCGAAGACGAAGAAGAAAAAGCAGCUCAAGAAGCUGAAAAGGCAUUAGUUGAAAAAAAACGUAUGCGCUAUGUCAUUUUAAGUAACUGUGCCAGUUUCAUCCUCGGCAUGGGAAUAAUGUAUUUAUGUUUACGUCGUUAUCUUCGUAUGAAGACGCCUUACUUUUAUGCAUUAGAUUGA